GAGGCUAUCUUGUAUGUUAAUGGUGCUCGUAGAGUCUUGCCAGAUGGGCUAGCUCAUCUCACUCUCCUUCAGUAUUUAAGAGAGACAGGUCUGACUGGAACAAAGCUGAGCUGUGGUGAAGGUGGUUGUGGAGCUUGCACGGUGAUGGUAUCAAAGUAUGACCAACAACAGAAGAGAACAACGCAUUAUGCGAUCAAUGCGUGCUUAGCACCAUUAUAUUCUGUGGAAGGAAUGCACGUAAUAACAGUAGAGGGUGUUGGAAGUUGCAGAAAUGGCUUACAUCCUAUCCAGGAAUCCUUAGCCAAAGCUCAUGGCACACAAUGUGGUUUCUGCACUCCUGGAUUUAUUAUGUCAAUGUAUUCCCUAUUAAGAUCAAGCAAAACACCCCCAACCGAAGAUCAAAUCGAAGAAAGCCUUGCUGGAAAUCUAUGUCGUUGCACUGGCUAUAGACCAAUUGUUGAUGCUUUUCGUGUUUUUGCCAAAUCUAAUGAUUCCUCAUACACCAAUUCAUUUCAAGAAAGUGAAACUAUAUCAAAUGGCACUUUCAUUUGCCCAUCAAGUGGAAAACCUUGUUCUUGUGGAGGAGAAACAAUUAAUAAUAUCAGAGUGAAGUACAAUGAAACUGAUGGAAGCUUGUAUAGUGAAAAGGAGCUGAUUUUUCCACCUGAGCUCAUUUUGAGGGAUGAUAUAUCGUUAAAUUUGCAAGGGUUUUCAGGAAUUAGAUGGUAUCGACCGUUGAGCCUUCAAGAGGUACUAAACUUGAAAUCGCAAUACCCAGAUGCAAAACUAGUGGUUGGCAAUACUGAAGUGGGCAUUGAGAUGAGAUUUAAACAUGCACAAUAUCAGGUAUUAAUAAGUGUCACACAUGUACCUGAGCUUAAUAAAUUGUGCAUCAAAGAAGACGGAUUGGAUAUUGGUGCUUCUAUAAGACUUACAGAACUAGCAAAUUUUGUUCGGAAGAUAAUUUUGGAGCGUAAAACUCAUGAAAUAUCAUCAUGUAAGGCAAUUUUGGAGCAGUUGAGAUGGUUUGCAGGAAAUCAGAUUAAAAAUGUUGCUUCUGUAGGUGGAAAUAUUUGCACUGCUAGCCCAAUAUCCGAUUUAAAUCCAUUAUGGAUGGCAUCAAGAGCAAAUUUCAAUGUAAUUGAUUGCAAUGGAAACAUUAGAACUGUUCGGGCAAAAGAUUUCUUCCUUGGCUACCGAAAAAUUAACCUGGCAGAAAAUGAAAUAUUACUGUCAGUUUUCUUACCAUGGACGAGAGAAUACGAGUUUGUUAAAGAAUUUAAGCAGGCGCAUAGGAGAGAAGAUGAUAUAGCUAUUGUGAAUGCUGGAAUGCGUGUGUUUCUUGAAAUUGAUGGUUCAAAUUGGAAGAUAGGCGAAGUUUGUAUUGUAUAUGGUGGAGUUGCACCAGUUUCUUUUGCCAUGUUGAAAACUGAGAAAUUUGUUACGGGAAUGAGUUGGGAGAAGAGUAUGAUUCCUGAUGUUCUGAAGAUGCUGAGAGAGGAGAUUCCUGUUAGUGAAAAUGCACCGGGAGGUAUGGUUGAGUUUCGUAAGUCAUUAGUUUUGAGUUUCUUCUUUAAGUUUUUCUUGUGGGUUACUCAGCAAAUGAAUGAGAGAGGGUUCUUGAUGGAAGGCGUAGAUGUUAGCUAUCAAUCAGCUAUACAACCAUAUUCUCGUCCAUUGUCUCGCGGCACUCAGAGUUAUGAGUCAGUAAGAGUUGGAACUGCCGUUGGACAGCCUAUGAUUCAUCUCUCAUCAAAACUACAGGUGACAGGAGAGGCAGAAUACAUUGAUGACAUGCCAAUUCCUCAAUAUACAUUACAUGCUGCUCUGUUGCUCAGCGAAAAGCCUCAUGCACGCAUUUUGUCUAUAGAGGACUCACUAGCCAAAUUGUCACCAGGUUUCGUAGGCUUAUUUCUCUCUAAGGAUAUCCCUGGAAGUAAUAAGAUUGGAGUAAUAGUCCAAGAUGAGCAAGUUUUUGCCACGGAUAUCGUUACUUGUGUUGGCCAGGUUAUCGGGAUUGUUGUGGCUGAUACCCAUGAAAAUGCAAUGCUUGCUUCAAGCAAAGUACAAAUUAAGUAUGAAGAACUUCCUGCAGUGUUAUCUUUAAAAGAUGCCAUCAAUUCAGGCAGUUUCUUUCCUAAUGCGCGAAGGUGUUUGUUAAAAGGAGAUGUUGAUCAGUGUUUUGAAUCGGGUAUUUGUAAUAAAAUCAUAGAAGGCGAGAUUCCGGUAGCAGGACAAGAGCACUUCUAUUUUGAGCCACACAGCACUCUGGUCUGGACACUUGAUGGUGGAAAUGAAGUCCAUAUGUUUUCCUCUACUCAGGCACCCAGUAUGCACCAGAACUAUAUCGCUCGUGUUCUUGGCCUUCCAUUGUCUAAAGUUGUUUGCAAGACAAAGAGAAUUGGUGGUGGCUUUGGUGGAAAAGAAACAAGAUCUGGUUUUGUUGCUGCUGCUGCUUGUGUGCCAGCUUAUCUUCUCAAAAGACCAGUGAAAAUUACACUGGAUAGAAAUAUAGACAUGAUGAUAUCUGGGCAGAGGCAUAGUUUCAUUGGGAAAUAUAAGGUUGGAUUCACAAAUGAAGGAAAGAUUAUGGCUUUGGAUCUUGAGAUCUAUAAUAAUGGUGGAAAUACAUUAGACUUGUCUCUUGAAAUCCUUGACCGUGCGAUGUUCUAUCCAGAAAAUGUCUAUGAUAUACCGCACAUGAGGAUCAAAGGCCAAGUCUGCUAUACUAAUACUUCUAGUAAUACUGCUUUCAGGGGAUUUGGUGCCCCUCAAAGUAUGCUUAUUGCUGAAAAUUGGAUUGAAAGGAUGGCUUCUGAGCUUCAGAAAAGACCCGAGGAAAUAAAGGAAAUAAAUUUUCACACAGAAGGAUAUGUGACUCACUAUGGCCAGCAGCUGCAGAACUGUACAUUGGAUCAAGUUUGGGAUGAAUUAAAGGCAUCCUGUGAUUUUUCAAAGGCUCUUGAUUCCGUAAAUGAAUUUAAUACCAAAAAUCGCUGGAGGAAGCGAGGAAUUGCUAUGAUCCCUAACAAAUUUGGUAUCGCCUUUACCUCUAAGUUCUUGAACCAGGCCGGUGCUCUCGUGCAAGUUUAUCUCGAUGGAACUGUUUUGGUCACACAUGGAGGAGUCGAGAUGGGACAAGGACUACACACAAAAGUUGCACAGAUUGCAGCCUCAUCCUUCAAUAUUCCCCUUAGUUCUGUGUUCAUAUCAGAUACAAGUACAGAUAAGGUCCCUAAUACAACAUCAACAGCGGCUUCAGCGAGCUCUGAUAUGUACGGUGCAGCAGUUCUAGAUGCUUGUGAGCAACUUAAAGAACGAAUGAAGCCUAUUGCUAUAAAGAAUCCGAAAGCUACUUUCACCGAGUUAGUCCAAGCAUGCUACUUUGAGAGGAUAGACCUCUCUGCUCAUGGAUUUUACAUAACGCCGGAUAUUGGUUUUGACUGGAAGAUCGGUAAGGGAAACGUAUUCAGCUACUAUACCUACGCAGCAGCAUUUGCCGAAGUAGAAAUAGACACUUUGACUGGCGAUUUCCAUACGAGGACAGUCGAUAUUGUUAUGGAUCUCGGAUACUCUCUUAAUCCAGCCAUUGACAUUGGACAGAUAGAAGGAGCCUUUAUGCAAGGUUUGGGCUGGGUUGCACUAGAAGAGCUAAAAUGGGGUGAUGCUGAUCAUAAAUGGAUUAAACCUGGUAAUCUAUACACUUGUGGGCCUGGCACAUACAAAAUACCUUCUGUAAAUGAUAUCCCUCUCAAAUUUAAAGUCUCCCUUCUUAAGGGAGUUCCGAAUCCUAAGGCAAUUCACUCCUCCAAGGCAGUAGGUGAGCCUCCACUCUUUCUUGCCUCUGCAGUGUUCUUCGCCAUCAAAGACGCAAUAAAAGCAGCGAGAGCAGAGGAAGGUGUUGAUGGCUGGUUCCCACUUGACAAUCCCGCAACACCCGAAAGGAUCAGGAUGGCUUGCAUCGAUGAUUUCACUAGACCAUUUGCUGGCACAGAGUAUCGCCCCAAGAUCAGCAUUUGAUGUCUCGCACAACUCAACUUAAUGACGACACAAAUUUUGGAAGUUCAAUAAUUUUGUUAUGUAAUCAGCUUAGAACUAUGAAACUGUCGUCAAAGAGAAGUGUGUUGAGAAACAUACAGAUCAUGAGAUGGGAAUAAUAUUUCAUUUGAAGCA